AUGCACGGCAUGAAGAGGCGCAAGAGGGAGUGCGCUGAGCAGAAUGUCAAGCAGGAGUGUACGACGGACCCCGAGCGGGACUUCAAGCAGGAGUGCGACGAGGAUCCUGAGCGGGACUUCAAGCAGGAGUGCGUGGAGGACCCUGAGCAGGACUUCAAGCAGGAGCGUGAGCAGGACUUCAAGCAGCAGUCCAUGGACGAGCCUGCGCAGGAGUUGAAGCAGGAGCUUGAGCAAGGGGAUGUUCAGUAUGAGGAGGUUCAGGAGCAGGGGGAUGCUUUGCAAGCUCAGCCAAACAAGCGGAACGAGCCUGCCGCCGCCUUGUUGGAACGCAUACGCACUGGACAGCUUGCAACAACUGCUCAGACCAUGAGGAGUCACAUCGGAAUCUCAGACGCGGAGUGGCAACGCAAGACUGGGAAGGAUGCACUGACAAGCUUCAUGACAAGAUACAUGAACAAGCAUGGGGCGCGUUGGCACUAUGAGCACCAGCAGCGUUUCCAGGACAACUGCUGGGUGGCCACUUUGGUAAUCCCAUCCUUGUCCGGGUCCGGGCGUCGCUUCACCGGCACCUGGAGAUACAGCCAGGCUGCUGCCGAAGAGACUGCGUGCGUCACUUUUCAGUUCGACGAGCAGGUCCAAGAGAUUCGCCGGAACUUACCGCCUACAAUGAAGAAAAUCAAAGAUUACAUAUCACUCGACACGAGGCGAAAGAAAGAGCUGGCUGCAUUGGGCUAUACGCCUGCCGUCGUGCAGCAUGACAUGGUUGCACAGGCAUACAACGGCUUCAGGUCACUGGGCUGCAGAACGGCCGAGUGGGAUGGCUGGCAAUGGGAUGGUGAUGAUGGCGCACGCCCUUGA